AUCAGAAAUAAUUUUAAAGUGUAGACGUAUCUGGGAUAUUGGGAGAAAAAAAAUUAUAGGCUUCCACAAAAAACAAUUAUGAAGGGGAAAAGGCGUGGAAAAGCCAGUUGUAAAACCAAGUACCAGAAAGUAGCGCGCAUUUCACCCACUGGCUACCUGAACUUUUUAAGAGAAUACAAACGGAGAUUCUGUGGAUUAUCUCCACAGGAAAUGAUACGUUUCGGAGCUAUACAAUGGAAUAAGAUGCCCCUCAACAAAAAGGAACACUUUAAAAAUAUGGGAGAACCUGUAAUCGUUAUAAAAAGCCCGCCUAAAAAGUUUGAAAAUCAUUCUACUAACGAAAUUUCUAAUUGCGGAAAAGCUUGUGCAAGACGCUCUCCGUAUGCCCGUGAGAAGGAAUCUACGAAGAAAAGCAUCCGACGAAAAUCCACAAAGUGUCAGCAGAAGCCGAAAGCAAGUUCUUUGCAAAUCAGGCGAGACCCGAAUACUUUGGGCUCUGCCAUUGCCUAUAUAUAUUUUCUGCGCAAGUUUCAAAAACUAUACUCUAAUUUUGAGGCCAGGGAUCUAUUGAAAAAAGCAACCCGUCUUUGGUGCCGUCUAGAAAAAAGUCAGCGUCAACAAUUUGAGCGGCCAAUUAGGAUUAUUAAACUGGAUAGAAAACUCUGUUGAAUUUAGUCACAUUAAUUUGUUUAAAUUUUAAGUGCUUAAUAUUACACCAAAAAGCUUUUGUAAACAAAUAAACUAUUUUACAUGGCAA